CCGGGAGCCUAUCCCGACGUGGAGCGCCGGCCACCCGAGCCCGCCCGGGGCCCGCCGCAACCCGGCCGAGGCGGCCCUGUCGUGGCCACCCGGCAGCCAUGGCUGGGGGCCGUGGGGCUCCCGGGCGCGGCCGGGACGAGCUGUCCGAGAGCUACCCACAGCGACAAGACCACGAACUGCAGGCCCUGGAGGCCAUCUACGGCGCCGACUUCCAGGACCUGAGGCCGAACGCGUGCAGACCGGUCAAUGAGCCCCCUGAAAUCAACUUAGUACUGUACCCUCAGGGCCUAACUGGUGAAGAAGUGUAUGUGAAAGUGGAUUUGAGGGUCAAAUGCCCACCAACUUAUCCAGAUGUAGUUCCUGAAAUAGAGUUAAAGAAUGCCAGAGGUCUUUCCAAUGAAAGUGUUAACUUGCUAAAAUCCCGCCUGGAAGAACUGGCCAAAAAACAUUGUGGGGAGGUGAUGAUAUUUGAACUUGCCUACCAUGUACAGUCAUUUCUGAGUGAGCACAAUAAGCCCCCACCCAAGUCCUUCCAUGAAGAAAUGCUGGAGAGGCAAGCGCAGGAGGAGCAACAGAGACUGCUAGAGGCAAAGCGGAAAGAGGAAGAAGAGAAACGUGAAAUCCUUCAUGAGAUUCAGAGAAGGAAAGAAGAGAUAAAGGAAGAGAAAAAAAGGAAAGAAAUGGCUAAGCAGGAACGUUUGGAAAUUGUUAGUUUGUCCAGCCAAAAUCACACCUCCAGGAAAGACCCAGGAGGCCACAGAACAGCUGCCCUUCUACAUGGAGGCUCUCCCGACUUUGUGGGAAAUGGUAAACAUCGGACCAGCUCCUCAGUGAGAUCCAGGCGAGAACGUCAGUAUUCUGUAUGUAGUAGUGAAGAUUCUCCUGGCUCGUGUGAAAUCCUGCAUUUCUCAGUCGGUGGUCCUGAUCAGCUCAUGGUGCACAGAGGGAAAUGUGUUGGCGAUGAUGAACAGCUUGGAAAAUUAGUGUACAAUGCUUUGGAAACAGCCACCGGCAGCUUUGUCUUGCUGUAUGAGUGGAUCCUUCAGUGGCAGAAAAAAAUGGGUCCAUUUCUUACCACUCAAGAAAGAGAGAAGAUUGAUAACUGCAAAAAGCAGAUUCAAGGGGCAGAAACAGAAUUCAGCUCCCUGGUGAAACUGAGCCAUCCAAAUGUAGUCCGUUACUUUGCCAUGAAUCACAGAGAGCAAGAUGACUCCAUUGUGGUGGACAUUUUAGUGGAACACGUUAGUGGAGUCUCUCUUGCCACUCACAUGAGUCACACAGGCCCCAUCCCUGUGCACCAGCUUCGCCGGUACGCAGCUCAGCUCCUGUCUGGCCUGGAUUAUCUGCACAGCAAUUCAGUGGUGCACAAGGUCCUAAGUGCCUCUAAUGUCCUGGUGGAUGCAGAAGGUACCAUCAAGAUUACGGACUACAGCAUUUCAAAGCGCCUCGCAGACAUCUGCAAGGAGGAUGUGUUCGAGCAGACCCGAGUUCGUUUCAGUGACAAUGCUCUGCCUUAUAAAACCGGGAAGAAAGGAGAUGUUUGGCGCCUUGGCCUUCUGCUGCUCUCCCUCAGCCAGGGACAGGAAUGUGGGGAGUACCCUGUGACCGUCCCCGGUGACUUACCAGCUGACUUUCAAGAUUUCCUGAAAAAAUGUGUUUGCUUGGAUGACAAGGAGAGGUGGACCACUCCGCAGCUGUUGAAACACAGCUUUCUCAAUCCUCAGCCAAAGGCACCUCUAAUGGAACAGAGUCCUGAAGAUUCCGGGGGCCAGGAUUAUGUUGAGACUGUCAUUCCCAGCAACCAGCUCCCCAGCGCAGCAUUCUUCACGGAGACCCAGAGGCAGUUUUCCCGGUAUUUCAAUGAGUUUGAGGAGUUGCAGCUUCUUGGCAAAGGGGCUUUUGGAGCUGUCAUCAAGGUACAGAACAAGCUGGAUGGCUGCUGCUACGCGGUGAAGCGCAUCCCCAUCAACCCCGCCAGCAAGCACUUCCGCCGGAUCAAGGGUGAAGUGACACUGCUGUCACGCCUGCACCAUGAGAAUAUUGUACGCUACUACAACGCCUGGAUUGAGCGGCAUGAGCGGCCGACUGGCCCAGGAACGCCACCUGGAGACUCGGGGCCCCUGGCCCGGGACACACGAGCAGCACAUGGGCAGGCACCAGGCGACACGGACAGCCCGGACAGCGUGGAGGCCAACGCUCCACCACCCAUCCUCACCAGCUCCGUGGAGUGGAGCACGUCGGUUGAGCGCUCAGCCAGUUCUCGCUUCCCAGCCACCGGCCCUGGCUCCAGCAGCGACGAAGAGGACGACGAGGAUGAGGAGGACGAACACGACGGGGUCUUCUCCCAGUCCUUCCUGCCUGCUUCAGAUUCUGAAAGUGAUAUCAUCUUUGAUAAUGAGGAUGAGAACAGCAAAAAUCAGAAUCAGGAUGAAGACUGCAAGGAGAAGAAUGGUGGCCGUGAAAGUGAGCUAUCAGUAACAACUGAGGCUGUGCACUAUUUGUAUAUCCAGAUGGAGUACUGCGAAAAGAGCACUCUACGUGACACCAUCGACCAGGGACUGUUCCAAGACACCACCAGGCUCUGGAGGCUUUUCCGGGAGAUCCUGGAUGGGUUGGCUUAUAUUCAUGAGAAAGGAAUGAUUCACCGGGAUUUGAAGCCUGUCAACAUAUUUUUGGAUUCUGAUGACCAUGUGAAAAUAGGUGAUUUUGGUUUGGCAACAGACCAUCUAGCUUUUGCUGCUGACGGCAAGCAAGAUGAUCAUUCUGACCAUUUGAUUAAAUCCGACCCUUCGGGUCACCUGACGGGCAUGGUUGGCACUGCUCUGUAUGUAAGCCCAGAAGUGCAGGGGAGCACCAAGUCUGCAUACAACCAGAAAGUGGAUCUCUUCAGCCUGGGAAUUAUCUUCUUUGAGAUGUCCUAUCAUCCCAUGGUCACAGCCUCCGAAAGGAUCUUUGUCCUCAGCCAACUUAGAGAUCCCACUUCGCCUAAAUUUCCGGAAGACUUUGAUGAUGGAGAGCAUGCAAAGCAGAAAUCUGUCAUCUCCUGGCUGUUGAACCAUGAUCCAGCCAAGCGGCCCACAGCCAUGGAGCUGCUCAAGAGCGAGCUGCUGCCCCCACCCCAGAUGGAAGAGUCAGAGCUGCACGAAGUGCUGCAUCACACGCUGGCCAACGUGGACGGGAAGGCCUACCGCACCAUGAUGGCCCAGAUCUUCUCCCAGCGCAUCUCCCCCGCCAUCGACUAUACCUACGACAGUGACAUCCUCAAGGGCAACUUCUCCAUCCGCACAGCCAAGAUCCAGCAACAUGUAUGUGAGACCGUCAUCCGCAUCUUUAAAAGACACGGAGCUGUCCAGUUGUGCACCCCACUGCUGCUCCCCCGAAACAGGCAAAUAUAUGAGCACAAUGAAGCUGCCUUAUUCAUGGACCACAGCGGGAUGCUGGUGAUGCUGCCCUACGAUCUGCGGGUCCCUUUUGCAAGAUAUGUGGCAAGAAAUAACAUACUGAAUUUAAAACGAUACUGCAUAGAACGUGUAUUCAGACCUCGCAAGUUAGAUCGAUUUCAUCCCAAAGAACUUUUAGAAUGUGCAUUUGACAUCGUCACUUCUACCACCAACAGCUCCCUGCCCACUGCUGAAAUCAUCUACACCAUCUAUGAAAUCAUCCAGGAGUUCCCAGCCCUUCAGGAAAGAAACUACAAUAUUUACUUGAAUCAUACCAUGCUGCUGAAAGCAAUACUGUUACACUGUGGAAUCCCAGAAGAUAAACUCAGUCAAGUCUAUGUUAUUCUGUAUGAUGCUGUGACGGAGAAGCUGACGAGGAGAGAAGUGGAAGCUAAAUUUUGUAAUCUGUCUUUGUCCUCGAACAGUCUGUGUCGACUCUACAAGUUUAUCGAGCAGAAGGGAGACUUGCAAGACCUAACGCCCACAGUAAACUCCCUAAUCAAACAGAAGACAGGAGUGUCCCAGUUGGUAAAAUACAGCUUGAAAGAUCUGGAAGAGGUCGUCGGGCUGCUGAAGAAGCUCGGUGUGAAAUUACAGGUCCUGAUCAACCUGGGCCUGGUCUACAAGGUGCAGCAGCACAACGGAAUCAUCUUCCAGUUCGUGGCAUUCAUCAGACGAAGGCAGAGGGCUGUCCCUGAAAUCCUCGCUGCUGGCGGCAGAUACGACCUACUGAUUCCCCAGUUUAGAGGACCGCAAGCUCUGGGGCCAGUUCCCACUGCCAUCGGUGUCAGCAUAGCCAUUGACAAGAUAUGCGCUGCUGUCCUCAAUGUGGAGGAGCCUGCUACAACAAGCUCUUGCGACCUCCUGGUUGUCAGUGUUGGCCAGAUGUCCAUGUCAAGGGCCAUCAACCUGACCCAGAAACUCUGGGCAGCAGGAAUCGCAGCAGAGAUCAUGUACGACUGGUCACAGUCCCAAGAGGAACUACAGGAGUACUGCAGACAUCACAAAAUCACCUACGUGGCACUUGUCUCUGAUAAAGAAGGCAGUCAUGUCAAGGUCAAGUCUUUUGAGAAGGAAAGGCAAACAGAGAAGCGUGUGCUGGAGUCUGAUCUUGUGGACCAUGUUGUGCAGAAGCUGAGGACUAAAAUCAGCGAUGAGAGGAGUAUCAGAGAAGUUUCUGAUAAUCUUGCAGUGCAAAAUCUGAAGGGGUCCUUUUCUAACGCCUCAGGUUUGUUUGAAAUCCACGGAGCAACAGUUGUUCCCAUCGUGAGUGUGAUCGCCCCAGAGAAGCUGUCGGCUAGCACCAGGAGGCGGUAUGAAACCCAGGUGCAAACCCGACUUCAAACCUCCCUUGCUAACUUACAUCAGAAGAGCAGCGAGAUUGAGAUUCUGGCUGUGGAUCUACCCAAAGAAACCAUCUUACAGUUUCUAUCAUUAGAGUGGGACGCUGAUGAACAAGCAUUUAACACAACUGUGAAGCAGCUGCUGUCACGCCUACCAAAGCAAAGAUACCUCAAACUGGUCUGUGAUGAAAUUUAUAACAUCAAAGUAGAAAAAAAAGUGUCUGUGCUAUUCCUGUAUAGCUACAGAGAUGAUUACUACAGAAUCUUAUUUUAACCUGGAAGAAGUGUCAUUACACUGUUCAAAGUCAGGAGCUUAACACUGGAAUAAUGGAAUGUUGUACAUUCAUUGUAGUUUUAUGUUUGAAUUCUUAGAAGCUGUCCCACAAAGUUGAGUUUUGUCAGCUUUUCAUGUGUAAUAUAUUAUAAAUUUAUCUUUUUGAAUAUAAUAAAAGCUUUCAUACA